AUGGCGAAGAGACAAGACGUGACACGCAGUCGAAUAAAUUUUAAACCAAUGCGAACUGAUAACUUCAUGCCAGACAUGAACGUGGACGUAAGCUGGGGGACCUGUAAUACCGAUGACAGGUAUCCCGAAAGGUUGGAAGGGGGAGUCAAAUUCAUUCCAUUUCCGAAACCAGCAACAAAUUUGGAAAAAUGCAGAAGGUGGAUUCGACUUUGCGGAAGGCCUUCAUAUCAACUUAAUGAGGAUAUUUUAAGAGACCGAAAUAAAUCCAAGCACUUUUAUGUGUGCACAAAGCAUUUUAUUGACGGGGGACAGUCAGAGAAAUACCCCGACCCACUGCCAGCUCUACAACAUGACCGAGUCACCCCAAGCAGACCAGCACCAAAGAGACGCCAAUCAUUUGAUUGUCUUAAUGACAACUCAAAACCAAAGAGGGUUUUGAAGGAGAUCAGGGUGAAUGAAAAUGGAGAGCAAGAAGUUCAACACAUAGAGGAUGUGACUGUGCCUCAUCUAGAAAUAAGCAGCACUACUGCCAUCUCGGAAAACUGUCAACCUCAAAAAGAACCAAUAAACCCUACUGUGAUCAACAGCCUUGAUGUUUUGGCUAUGGCUGCUGAGAAGAGGAAGUUGGAAGAAAAUAUACUGUCCCUUAAAGAGGAAAACAUCAAAUUAAAGUGUGAAACUAGAAAAUUAGAAGAUGACUUACAGAAACAAUGUAAUAUGAGAUUUGAUAACUUGAAAACAAAUGAAUUUAAAUAUUAUACAGGGUUUGAAUUAGCAACAUUUAAUGUUAUAUACCAGUUUUUAGUCCCUGUAGAUAAGCCAUUUAAAUACUCAAAAAACAUUAGUUGUUUAAGAAAUCUCAGUAUGAAGGAUCAAUUGUUAUUUGUUUUAAUCAAGUUACGACAAAAUUUUGAUUUCAAACAUUUGUCUCGGCUCUUUGGAAUUUCUCCUCAAGACUGUAGUGUUAUUUUUAAUAAUUGGAUAAACUAUAUGUUUUAUCGCUUUGGGUCAGUACCAAUUUGGCCAGACAGAACUGUUAUUAUAGAGAAAAUGCCAAGGAAAUAUAAAGAGGAAUUUCCAAAUACCCUUGUCAUUAUUGAUGGUACUGAAAUAAAAAUUCAAAGACCUAGUUCUUUAACAAAACAAAGUCAGUUUUACUCAGACUAUAAGUCCAGUACAACACUUAAAGGAUUAGUUGGUGUUGAUCCCAGGGGAUCUAUAAUAUUUGCUUCAAUGUUAUUUUCAGGGUCAAUAUCUGACAAUGAUAUUACUCAUCAGAGUGGAUUUUUUUAAUGUUUUAGAGGAAAUGAUGGAAGCAGGUAAAAUACACAAAGAUGAUGGAGUUAUGGCUGAUAAGGGUUUUCGUAUUGAAAAUGAUCUAGAAAAGAUAGGGCUUAAGUUAAAUAUACCACCAUUCUGUCCUGCAUCUGGCCAGAUGAAAAUAUCGGAUGUUAUCA